GGUAAAGAUUUCGAUGGUCCAAAAGGUCCCAAAGGCAAAGAUUUUGAUGGUCCAAAAGGCCCAAAGGGUGAAGAUUUUGAUGGUCCAAAAGAUCCCAAGGGUAAAGAUUUCGAUGGCCCAAAAGGCCCAAAAGGUGAAGAUUUCGAUGGUCCAAAAGGCCCAAAGGGUGGUGAUUUCGAUGGUCCAAAAGGUCCAAAGGGUAAAGAUUUCGAUGGUCCAAAAGGUCCAAAGGGUGAAGAUUUCGAUGGUCCAAAAGGCCCAAAGGGUAAAGAUUUCGAUGGUCCAAAAGGUCCCGGUCCUAAGGAUGGACCAAAAUUUCCCCCUAAAGCAAAAUAAGUAAAAUUUUAAUCUAAAAAAAUAUUAGAAGUUUAUAGUAUGGCAUUAAUUAUGAAUUAUUAGAUUUAGAGAUAUGAAUAAUUUACAUUAUAAUUCCUUAAAUUCACUGUAUCUAAUUUUUAUUUUUUCUAUGAAUAAAUGAUAAGUAAAAUCGUAUAUUUAU